AUAAUAGAAAGCUCGUCCCAUUCCGCCGCUUACGGUUCCCCAAAUGCACUAAGCAGCCACGUCUAGUUACUUCCUUUAUGCUUAUUAUACUAUACUACUAGUUUUGGCUGUUUAGCUGCGUCAUCCACCAUCUCUGGCUGUUUCUGGAACCCAUCCAGCCCCCUCAUCAAACCAAUUCUCCUCCCACAGCAGCAGCAUACCUUAUAACUACGGAACACUUGUCAGUAGAGAAAAGAGAAAGAGAAACAAGGGGUAUUGAAUAUUGAUUUGAGUCAAGAAUCAAGCGUGAGUAGUCCAUUUAUUUUAUUCGAUGGCUUUUGCUCACUACUUGAUGGCAGCAGCUCCAGUUGAAGCUUCGCAUCCCAACUUGAGAAAAUCCAUUCUAACUCCUCCUCCAUUGCCCUCCAUUUCCAAUUCUCUUCUGUCCCAUCCCUUCUCUUCUUUCCACCCCAAUCGUAAAACCAAGCUCUCUUUUUUCUCCAAAUUUAGCAAAUUUGGACAUAAAGUGAAAGUAAAGGCAGUAAAAGCUGAAGUCCCGGCUGUUGACUCCUUCAGUCAAUUCAAGCAUCUGCUUCUUCCAAUUACAGAUCGGAAUCCUUACCUGUCUGAGGGUACAAGACAGGCUGCAGCUACUACUGCGACUUUAGCAAAGAAGUAUGGGGCUGAAAUAACAGUUGUAGUAAUUGAUGAAAAGGUGAAGGAAUCAUAUCCAGAGCAUGAAACACAGCUGUCUAGCAUCCGUUGGCAUUUAUCUGAAGGUGGAUUCCAGGAAUUCAAGUUGCUAGAGCGACUUGGGGAAGGGAAGCAGCCAACAGCCAUAAUCGGCGAGGUUGCUGAUGAUAUGAAUUUGGAUUUAGUUGUUAUGAGCAUGGAGGCCAUCCAUUCCAAGCAUGUGGACGCAAACCUGCUGGCCGAGUUCAUCCCAUGCCCUGUCUUACUUUUGCCACUUUAAACUGAUAUCUUCUCAGAAAUGCAGCCGACGGCCGAAAGCCGAAACCUGCAUUUUGGCAUGCACUGAUGUGUUUUCUAAAUCAUCUGCUCUAUGUGGCUCUAGCAACCAUUUAGUUUUUUUGAUUUUCUGCACCACAGGCGUUGUCUUCUUCCUCAACUCUCUUUCAAUGGAGCAUACUAGAAUGUUCAUGAAUUAUAAGCCUUACAUCAACUUAACCAAUUCAAUAAGUUGCAUAUUUUAGACCUUGUUCAGGAGGAGAAUAAACAUUAGAGGUCAUUGUCAUGUUCCGUAUAGAAGGCCACGAUGACGCAGAGGAAAUGACAUGACUCAUGAAUAGGCUCAAGGGUUGGAUUCACAGGCAGUCCUACAAAUUAGAUACUAAAUUACAUCCUAGUAUUGUUGAGUUAAUUAAUGUAUUUGUUGAAAGAAAUGAAUUGGUUAAGCAUUUGUAAACCCUGAUGAUUUUGUUACAAUGAUGAGUUUGUAAUAGUAGUAUAAACUUCUUCGGACAUUGAUUAA